CUGGCUGCUAGAAUAAAAUAAAUAUAGAAGGAAAAUAUGGUGUUUUGGUUAUGAGUUUAAGCAAUUCUAUUCAAUCCCAACGCAGAUAUGGAUCAACAUCUCUUAGAGGUGCUAUGCUAUCUGUAACUAAUUCAGAUUUGUUUGUUCACAAAGUUGAAUCGUCAGACACUCUUCAAGGAUUAGCAAUUAAAUAUGGUGUAACAAUUGAAGAGUUAAAAAGAGUUAACAAACUUUGGACAAAUGAAUUUCUUCAUUUUAAAGAGACAUUAGUUAUUCCCUGUUCAUCGUCUUUUACUUGUAACUAUUCAAGAGAACCUUUAAAUGAACCAUUGCUCAAGAAUUCUUCAAAUAUAAACGAAAAAAAUUAUAACAAUCAUGAAAGUGAAAUAAAUUGUAAUCAGGAGAACUUUUCGAGUCAAAGUUCAGAUUUUACAUCUUUUGUUGGGAUUCUUUCAAAGAUUGAUGUACAAAUUAAUUUACACAAAAAAAAGUAUCAUACAUUGGCUGGUAAAGGUCUUCCCAAUGUCACAUUUGAUAGCUACCAACAUUAUGAAGCUACAAUGUCACCCACUAGAUCAAUGUCUCCUUUAGAGCAAGAUGUUUGAAUAUAUAUAUAUAUAUAUAUAUAUAUAUAUAUAUA